CCGUAUUCACUAAAAAAUCUCGAGAGAUGAGUCAGCCUCCACCAAAGCUUAUUGUGAGCUUUUGAGAUUGCCAGAGGCCCAGAGAGAGAGAGAGAGAUGAGUACUGGACAAGGGAAGACUGUAUGUGUAACAGGAGCGUCUGGUUACAUAGCAUCAUGGCUGGUGAAGCUCUUACUGCAGAAGGGUUAUACUGUCAAAGCCACUGUUCGUGAUCCAAAGGAUCCAAAGAAAACAGAACACUUGCGCUCACUAGACGGGGCAAAAGAAAGACUUCAUUUGUUCAAAGCAGACUUAUUAGAAGAAGGAGCUUUCGAUGCUGCCGUCGAUGGAUGCCAAGGUGUUUUUCAUACAGCAUCCCCUGUACUGAUUUCAGUUACUGACCCUCAGGCCGAAUUAAUUGACCCUGCAGUGAAGGGAACACUUAAUGUUCUACAAUCCUGCGCAAAAUUUCGCAGUGUCAUGAGAGUGGUUUUAACAUCUUCAAUUGCUACAGUCAUGAUGAGUGGAACACCUCUGACUUCUGAUGUGGUUUUGGAUGAAACAUGGUAUUCGGAUAAACUUUUUUGUGAGGAGCACAAGAUAUGGUAUGUGCUCUCAAAAAUAUUAGCCGAGGAGGCUGGCUGGAAAUUUGCUGAAGGAAAUGGAAUCGAUAUGGUGUCAAUGAAUCCUCGGUUGUGUAUUGGUCCACUCUUAAAUCCAACUCUUAUGACCUCCGUUGAGCAGCUUCUGAAUGUCAUGAGUGGUACCCCAACACCGUUUCUAAAUUACCCAUUUGUAGACGUUAGAGAUGUUGCCUCUGCUCAUAUUCAAGAAUUUGAAGUUCCUUCAGCUAGUGGCAGAUAUUGUUUAGUUGGCCACGUUGUUGACGGAUUCGAUACCCUAAAGAUUUUACGACAACUCUACCCUACUUUGACCCUUGCUGAGGCUGUCAAUCCGUCAGACUCAAAGUAUCAAGUGUCCCAGGAGAAAGCAAAAGGUUUGGGAAUCACUUUCCUUCCUCUGGAAACAAGUCUUAGGGACACUAUUGAAAGCCUCAAGGAGAAGGGCUUCAUCAAGAUUUGACUGCCUCAAUCUUCCAGCUACAUGUUAGUCAUAUGUAAUUUGUAAAUUUUAAAAUCGCACUAAAUAAAAAAUUACAAUUUUUAUAUAAAGAUUGAACACAUAUGCAACCUCUAGUGAUGCUUGCAAGUAUGAGCAACAGAACGUAACGUAGUCUUUAGUUUGGCGACAAUUUAAACUCGUUAGUUUUAUUAUGAAAAGUAUGUUAAACCAAUGAA